CUAAUAAAGGGUUAAAGCUGGUGAUGAGCUCUGGGCUGAGUCUCCCAUGGAUUCAGUUCUAUCAGACCAGAGGGGGACCAGAGGAGGACUGUACCAACGUGGAGGAUCUGCAGCGGAAUACCCGGACGAUACUUUCAGAGGAUUUACUCAGAACUGACCAAAGUUUGAAAAGAGGUCCGACUGCACCCAUCUCAGGCAACUCCAGCCACAUGGGUUUGACUCCUCCCCUAACCAGAAGGCUCCCUUCACCUUGACUCCGCCCACCUCCCUGCAGAAUGAAGUCCUGGAGCAGCGUUCUGCUGGCAGCCCUGCUGACAUGGAUCCUUCUCUUUCUUUCUCUGCUCUGUCACUUCUUUGAUCUGCAGUCACAGUCCAGACUUAUCUGGUCUAAAACCCACCACUUGGCCUCUGUGGACCGGGAACAGACCAGGACCAGUAACAGAAAUGCUGGAGCCUCUGAGGAAGACUGGAGGAGGAUCAGGGCUGACUACCGGUCCAGGACCAAGAACUUUUACAGGAGGCAGUCUCUGGAGGUCUUGCAGAGACUCUGGGCUGGGAACCUGCCAGUGGGGAUGCUGAGUCCUCGACUUCAGAAGGCCCUAAAGGUCCAGCUGAACACAAACAAAUACCAGGUAGUGCACCGGGUGCCAAGAGGGGGCCGCAAGUCUCGAAUGGAUCUGUACUGCGACAUGAAGAGGAGCAUCAAAAUCCGGACCGUGGAUGGGACAGAAGAACCGUUCUCCAAUCUCGGCUGGAACCACCUGGUACCGUCACAAGCCCUGAAAGACCUCCACACAUCUCCAUAUCAGACCUGUGCCGUGGUGAUGUCAGCGGGUGCCAUUCUGAACUCCUCACUGGGGAGUGAAAUCAACUCCCAUGAUGCAGUUCUGCGCUUCAACGCCGCUCCAACCAGAGGCUUUGAGAAGGAUGUGGGCAGCAAGACCACAAUCCGCCUCAUUAACUCCCAGAUUGUGUCUUGUCCUGAACACGAUUUCAUCAGCAGCUCUUUGUACCGAGAUGUCACCUUGCUGCUCUGGGACCCAGCGUCGUACUCAGCCAACCUCACCCAGUGGUUCCUGAAGCCUGACUUUGACCUGUUCAUUCCAUACAUGGAGCGGCGGCGCCUUCAACCCGAACAGCCAUUCUACAUACUCCACCCACAAACCAUCUGGAAUCUGUGGGACCUGAUCCAAAACAACACCGAGGACCAGAUCCAACCCAAUCCACCCUCAUCUGGCUUCAUAGGAAUCGUGGUGAUGAUGUCACUGUGCCAUGAGGUCAGCGUGUACGAGUUCCUGCCGUCAUUGCGCCACACCGACCGAUGCCACUACCAUGAGCGUUACCAUGACGUAGCGUGCACAUUGGGCGCGUACCACCCACUGCUCUAUGAGAAGCUGCUUGUCCAACGGAUCAACUGGGGGGACCAAGACCAGCUCAAGACCCGAGGGAAGGUCUCACUUAGGGGCUUCAGCACAGUCACCUGCGGAACCUGAUGCUGAUCCAGUUUCUGAACCUGUUAAUGAUCCUGAUCAUAUUUCUAAACCUGACCCCCUUUUUGAUAAUCCCAUUUCUUAACCUGUUACUUAGUAUGGGUAGUGACAUUUAUUUGGGGAAAACAAAGUACUUCUAAGAGUAAGAGUAAGAGUUUUACUGCACCAUACUUUAACUUGUACUUGUGAAGAAGACACGCUCUCCUCACUCUGCUACAUUGGACAAAACUCACCUCCUUCCUUUUUUCUUUUUUUCCCCAUAAUUUAUUUAAUUAGAUAUGAGACCCCACCAGUUUCACUAAUCAGAUGCAAUAACAAUCAUCACAUGACUGUUUCACCAAUCAAAUGUCGCCAUGCAGUCACAGGUCCAUACACACAAACCACGAUGGAAUAACUACACAACGUCUUCACACCUAGUAACCCGGGAAAUGCAACACAUCCCAGGCAACUGUCUGUGAUGCUAAACUGAGAAGGAUAAACACCUGUUUCAGUGAGCCAACAGCAUCUCCAGGUGACCUAGUUUUGUUACAGAGUUGUGAAGAUGUCACAUGAUCCAAUCACGCUGACAUUAUCACCAUUAUCCUUGGAUCUGUGAUCAAGGGUCACUAACUAGCUGGUGAACUUUAACGUGACCAUAUAUUUAUCAAAUAAAUGAAUUUGUUCUCAGUCAUUGUGCUGCUGAUGUGUGCGAAGGCAGAGACGUGAUCCUGAUUUAA